CCGGGAGGGUUUUCACUUUUCAAUCCGGGAUUGUAUCCACAAUCCUCACCUCAAACUAACGUCAUUCGCCCGAUCGUUCCAACAAACCUGAUCGGGGAGAUGGAUAAAGCUGGUCCAUCCCGGUCUAGAAGGAGCCGGUCCCGUAGGUCACAGACAAAGGUGACCUCGGACGGGGAUGUGCGUUCAGUGCACAGCAAAGACGAGGAUUGGGACGUCCCCCAGGCGGUCAAGAAGUUGAAGGGAAAGGCAGUUCAGCCAGAAGGAUCUAGGAGGUCGGCCUUUCAGAGACUUGGCCAUGAUGGCCGAAAUCAGAACCGGUCAGCAAAAGAGCGGCUUGGGGUAGAAACCAUUCCAGCUAGUGCCUUUAAUCGUGCAGGGAGAGGAGCCGGACGACCUGGUCAGAUUAGGCGAACGGAGCCAUCCCCACGCGAUGAGCCCCAGCACAACCGGGCACCACGAGAGGAAGAAGCCGAAAGUCACCCCAAGCACACGACCCGUUCACAUGUUGAGCAACCUCGGGAUCGUGUGGGCCGGGUCGAGGCACGUCUGGAGAAACUACAACGCCGGGUAGACCGAGAAGAAAAGAAGAAGAUUCUGCUGAACGAAUCUCCGUUCACAGACCGGGUUCAUGAAACACCAUUUCCAAAGAAGGCGAAACUUGAAGUCCCAAAGUUCACCGGGAAGGAGGACCCGGAAAUUCACGUCAAAACCCUCCAUCAAAGUGGGCGGAUGAUGGGUCUUUCCGGGGAUGAGAAAUGUUUGCUUUUCUUUCAGACCCUCCGCGGCCGAGCCGCCGAGUGGUUUCAUAACUUACCAGCCGGUGAAAUCGAUUCUUUCGAUGAACUGGCUGAGGUGUUUCAAGAAAAGUUCAAAGAAAACUGUACCAAGAGGAAAAAGUUUACCUACUUGAGUACAGCCGGGCAGCGAGAGCAUGAGGAUCUGACAAAAUUCCUCACCCGGUGGAAGGAUGAGGUUGACAAGGUGGAGGAGAUGGACGACAAGACAGCAAUGUCCCUCCUUGUAUCCGGGCUCCGGUCCGGAGAACUAUACAAAGAAUUCUGCAGGAGGCCUCCCCAGUCCUAUCAAGAGGCCUAUAACACGGCCUGGGACUAUGCUGACGCUGAAGCCCAGGUGUCAUCCAAGAGGGAAGCCGAGCAGGGCCACUCAAAGGGAAAAGUUUCCUUGAAAAAGGAAAUUACAUUGCCCGCCCUCAAUCCCCGGUCAAAACAAGCAAGACGGGAACCGAUCACUUUUACUGACCGGGACCUUCCCGCCACCGGAGAAGAUCACAAUGACCCCCUGGUGAUAACUAUGGACAUGGGUGGAGUUGAUGUCUCCCGGGUACUUGUUGACACGGGCAGCAGUGUUAACAUUUUGUACCUGGAGGCAUUUGAGAAGCUCAAGUUGUGUCGAACACGGCUUGAGCCCCUAAAGACUCCCCUGUCUGGGUUUACCGGGGACUCAGUCGAAGCUGAAGGGUCGAUUCUUCUAACUUGUGAGCUGGGCACAGGCGACCAGGUCGUCCAAAAGCAAAUGAGGUUUGUAGUUGUGAACACCAAAUGUGUUCACAACGCUAUUUUGGGCCGGCCUGGGAUAAACAAGGUUCGAGGGGUCAUCUCCAUGGCCCACCUCUGUAUGAAGUUCUAUACCCCGGGCGGUAUAGGACAAGUCAGAGGAGAUCAAAAGAAGGCUCGGCAUUGUUAUUUGGAAGGUGUAAAGAAAAUGACCAAGGCGUUCGAAAGGAUCACCUUGGUCUCCCAGGAAGAAGACCGGUCAAAGCUGGAACCGGGCGAUGAAACCGAACAGAUUGUUCUCCAGGAAGCCUUCCCGGAAAGAAUGGUAAGGAUUGGCAGAGAUCUGCCCGGAGGACUUCGAGAUGAAAUCAUCUCGGUCUUUCGGGAAUAUGCAGAUAUUUUUGCUUGGAGUGUGGCGGACAUGCCAGUGGUUGGACAGGUCAAUGGUGAGAUGGAAGCAAAAGAGGAUCGGCUGGCCCGGUAUAGUGAUCUGGUCCGAGCGCUUCUAAGGGAAUUAGAAGAGUUUCGUCUGACUAGGAUACCCCGUUCGGAAAACGCUGAUGCAGAUAUGCUUUCAAAAUUGACACAAGCCUACCCGGAGCAUGUGUCGAAGUUGGCGAAAAUUGAGAUCACGGACGUGCCGAGUACAGACCGGUUUGAAAUCGCGGCUAUCCAACCGGGCCAGAAUUCGGCUACCGGGACAAUCGGAGCAGAUGAUGACUGGAGGCACGAUCUCAUGCAAUAUUUGGAGACCGGUCAGAAACCGGAUGACGAGGAACGGGCCAGGAAGGUGGUCCUGCGGGCUCCCCGUUUUCAGGUAAUCGAUGGUCACUUGUACAAACGUGCCAUCGGUGGACCUCUCU